UACAAAGUGGACUGAAGUCAGCCUGGAGCAUUUAGCAAGGCCCACCGACCCAUUUACUUGGUGCCCAGUAUAAAUCGCUGCUUUUCGCAGUCGAAGAAAAUAUCCCCAAAGCUGAUUCAGCUCUGACUGCUUGGCACAAAGGAGCUUUAUGAUACAAGAUUUGCAAAGUAUAUAUAACGAAGAUGAGUGAUUUGUCGAAUGCAUUCUCUUUAUUAGAAGUUGAUGUUGCUGAUGAAGAAGAUUUCAAAGCAAUUGCUGCUGCUACCAAUGGAGUGAAUUCCAAAGGAACAAAAGGCAAGGGUAAAAAUAGUAGUGAAAACCCUGAAGGCACCCUAACAAGUGAUGAAAACAACAGUGAUCAGACUGUUGAAGAUUCUUAUGAAGACUACAGACUACCUCUUGUUUGGAUAGACUUGGAAAUGACAGGUCUAAAUGUAGAAGUUGAUAGAAUACUGGAGAUCGCUUGUAUAAUUACUGAUGGAAAGUUGACCAAAUUAAUUGAGGGGCCUGAUUUAGUAAUCCAUCAAACUGAGGAAUGUCUAGACAAAAUGGGAGAAUGGUGUCAGAGUCAUCAUGGAGAAAGCGGUUUGACAAAGAGGGUGCUCCAAAGCAAGCUCAGUGAAGAGGAAGCUGAAGAAAAGGUUGCGAAAUUUGUGAAGAAAUAUGUGGGCUCAUAUACGCCUCUUCUUGCUGGAAAUUCAGUUUAUAUGGAUCUUUUAUUCCUGAAGAAGUAUAUGCCAAAAUUGGCUAGUCUUUUUUCUCAUGUGCUAGUGGAUGUUAGCAGUCUUAAGGCUUUAUGCAUCCGUUGGUAUCCAAGAGACAACAAAAAAGCGCCUCAGAAGACAAAUAAGCACAGAGCCAUGGAUGACAUCAAGGAGAGCAUAGCAGAACUUAAAUUCUACAAGGACAACAUAUUCAAAUCGAGGUCAAAGAAAUGAGAGAUGGAUUCCGCAGGACUUCCCUAGUUCACUCAAAUACCUGGCUUUGACUAUUACUGGCGCUAGGUCCUAGAGUUUCAUUUUUUUGUAGUGGUCCAGAAUGACUUUAAGUUAAAGUACAUGGACUUCUGGGAAGUGAGUGACUAUCAACAUUGUACCACGAGUUAGCACCUCCCUUUGCUCUGCGUUGAUCUUAAACAUACUUUUCAUUGCCAAGUGAAAACUUUCCUAUAUAUCAAGCUUUCUGUGUUGUGUUGAA